GCGGCGGGGCGAGGCGGGCUCGUGCCUGCGCCAGCUCCGCGUGGGCCGCGACGAGCUGUGGCUUUCUGCCGCCGUUGCCGCCCGCGGCUCCGGGCCCUCCCCCUCCUUUGUGCGGCGGUGGUGCCGCCAGUCACGGGGGAGCUGGACCCUGCCGCGCCCGGCCUAGAGCGGAGCGCUGGCCGAGAAGUUUCUCGAGCGGCUCCCCAUGCGGGGCCGCGGCCUGGCCUGCGUCACUCUGGGGCCCAUCGCCACGGGGCCGCCGCCCCAUCCCAGGGGAGCGAGGGGCGGGGCCCGGCCGGCUCUGACGCUGUCGGGUUUGGGGCCGAUGUCCCACGUGCCUGCUGGCGAGAGGGGCAAUGACAGCUCUGGGACCGGGCAGCGACAGCUCGGCAGCCGCUCUCCCACGGGGCACCUGGGGGUGUGGCUGAGGCAGGCGGCCGUGGCAGACUCGAGGUUAGGAUUUACCUGGGUAACAGGAUCAUCCACCUCAAACAAGGCAUCCCUUUCCUUAGCACCUGUGAAUAUUUUCAAGGCUGGAGCAGAUGAAGAAAAAGCAGAGACAGCUCGGUUGUCAUCCUUCAUUGGUGCUAUUGCCAUUGGAGACCUGGUUAAGAGCACUCUGGGACCCAAAGGCAUGGACAAGAUUCUUCUAAGUACUGGAAGAGAUGGCACAGUGACAGUAACCAAUGAUGGUGCAACCAUCCUAAAAUCUAUUGGAGUAGACAACCCAGCUGCCAAGGUUUUGGUUGACAUGUCAAUGGUUCAAGAUGAUGAGGUUGGUGAUGGAACUACAUCUGUAACUGUGCUGGCAGCGGAAUUACUUAGGGAGGCAGAAGCAUUAGUUGCAAAGAAGAUUCAUCCUCAAACCAUCAUUGCAGGUUGGAGAGAAGCUACAAAAGCAGCAAGAGAGGCCCUCUUGAAAUCUGCAGUGGAUCAUGGUGAUGAUGAAAUAAAGUUCCGUGAAGACUUAAUGAACAUUGCAGGGACCACGUUGUCCUCAAAACUACUUACUCAUCAUAAAGAUCACUUUACUAAACUAGCAGUGGAAGCUGUUCUUAGACUGAAAGGAUCUGGUAAUUUGGAAGCUAUCCAUAUUAUCAAGAAACUAGGUGGAAGUCUGGUAGACUCUUACUUAGAUGAAGGCUUUCUGCUAGAUAAAAAGAUUGGUGUCAACCAGCCAAAAAGAAUUGAAAAUGCAAAGAUACUUAUUGCAAACACUGGCAUGGAUACAGAUAAAAUUAAGGUCUUUGGCUCUCGUGUAAGAGUGGAUUCGACAGCAAAGGUAGCAGAAAUAGAACAAGCAGAAAAAGAAAAAAUGAAAGAGAAGGUUGAACGUAUUCUUAAGCAUGGAAUAAACUGCUUUAUUAACAGGCAACUGAUUUAUAACUACCCCGAACAGCUGUUUGGUGCUGCUGGUGUUAUGGCUAUUGAACAUGCAGACUUUGCAGGCGUAGAACGUCUGGCUCUUGUUACAGGUGGUGAAAUUGCCUCAACCUUUGAUCACCCAGAGCUGGUAAAACUAGGAAGUUGCAAGCUUAUUGAAGAGGUUCUGAUUGGAGAAGAUAAACUCAUUCAUUUCUCUGGUGUAGCUAUGGGUGAAGCUUGCACCAUAGUACUGCGUGGAGCAACACAGCAGAUUAUAGAUGAAGCCGAAAGAUCUUUGCAUGAUGCUCUGUGUGUCCUUGCCCAAACUGUGAAAGAUACUAGAACUGUUUAUGGUGGAGGUUGCUCAGAGAUGCUGAUGGCCAAUGCUGUCACAGAGGUUGCCAAUAGAACACCAGGCAAAGAAUCGGUUGCAAUGGAGUCUUUUGCGAAGGCCUUGAGAAUGAUCCCAACCAUUAUAGCUGAUAAUGCUGGCUAUGACAGUGCAGAUUUAGUGUCUCAGCUCAGAGCUGCUCACAGUGAAGGGAAAACAACUUAUGGACUGGAUAUGAAGGAUGGUGUCAUUGGAGACAUGGCAACACUGGGAAUAACUGAAAGCUUCCAAGUCAAGAGACAAGUUCUGCUGAGUGCAGCUGAAGCAGCAGAAAUGAUUCUUCGUGUGGAUGACAUUAUUAAAGCAGCACCAAGGAAACGUGUACCAGACCAUCGCCCAUGUUAACUGUUCAACCCAUAAGGAUGUGUGGACCAGAUCUCGCCAAGUACUUAAACAAACAAACAAAACCCCCCUGAGAGGUUAUGGAACAGAAAGUGUAUUCAUUACUGGCAUGUCAUUAUUACAUUUUCCUGCAGAUUUAACUUAUUGUUUUUGUGCUUUAAAAAAGGCAUUUUACAGUCAAAUAAAACAUGGGUUGUAUGAAACAUCUAUAUUCUUUUUGUUCCUUUCCUAGUUCCCUCAAUAGAUCCCUGAAAUAAAGUUUCAAAUUCA